AUGAAUCUACUAUUUACUGUUUAUUUAUUAUCAAUUCCUAUUCAAAUAUUUGGAAUCAAUAAAGACAUAAUUCGAAAUCCAUUUGAUCUUCGUGCUCGUUUACAUGGUUCUCAUACAGCUACAGUUCAAUUUGAAAUAGAACAAAAUAGUAAUCAACGAUUAUGUCAAAUGUAUAAUUUUACAAUUCGUUAUAAUCAUCAAGAUGUUUAUUCAAUGUCUGAACAAAAUUUAACAUGUGAAAGAAAUUCACUUGAAUUAAAAGAUUUAACUGUUGGCGAUUAUGAAAUAUGUGCUAUAAUAUGUUCAGAAUAUUUAAAACAAGAUUAUCUAUAUGAUAGAGUAUUAAACAAAACAAAUACUUUAAAGCCUAUAACAGCUUGUAUUAAUAUUCAUGUAAAACGUGCAUAUUUGCUUAUUCUUACAAUUUAUUUAUUGAUUUUUAUGAUUCUUGCUUUAGCACAUAUUAAUUAUUCACUACGUAAACGAGAAUUUCAUGCACGAGUAAGACGAACUUAUAUAGAAUUUGAAAAUAGUUUACAACAGUGGCGUACAUAUCAAAAACAAUCAAUGCCAAGUCAUGGUAGACAAUCAUCUCAUACUCUUCACGAUUUUCUUACUUCAUCAACUUCACCUAUUGAACAUUCGACAGCAUUAUUAUCGCAUCUAGUUACUGACGAACUCGAACUAUCAUAUUCAAAUAUUUCUCAUCUCGAAAUACCAAAUGAAACUGAAAAAACAGUUGACAUCCCCGAAAAUAUUUGA